ACGCAUCCAACUAAUUAUAAAGUGAUUUUUUUGUCCGCUUAUUGACAAUGAAAAUUAGCCAAUGAGCGCGCGAGAAUUUGUGCAGUUAUCGCAAAAUUUCGAGUAGACGCCGCGCCCGCUCGGCCAAGUCUGGCCCCGGGUGGGCCGUUCAACACCCUCUUGCCCAGGGUCCUCUCGGCGUGGCUGUACAAGAUGGCGCCGGUAGCUCAGCUCUGACAUUUCUCGGUUUCUGUUCUCUAUGGAACCUCGACGUUUUGCAAUUUGUUUAGUACUUGGUAUUUCUUUUUUCCUUGCUUCUGUAGCCGUCUAUUUGCUGACGUCGGAGGCGUAUUGGCGACGAAAGAAUGAAGAUGAUAAUGAUGAUGAAGAAACAUUGAACUUUCCAUUUUUGAGAGAUGUUCACUCCAUAGAGUUUAUUAAGAACUCCAAAGUCAUGUUCAUAAUGAGAGGUUUACCAGGAAGUGGAAAAUCAGUAAUAGCUCGGCAAAUCAAGCAAGUGUAUGGUGACCUGGCUGUCAUAUGUUCGGCUGAUGAUUUUCGAGUAAAUGAUCAAGGAGAAUAUGUUUGGAGAUCAGAGGAAUAUGAGACCACACACAUGAAGUGUAGAGAUAAAGCAAGACAGUCGUGUGAACAUGGAAUACCAGUUGUCGUUAUAGAUAACACAAAUAUCGAUAAGGGGAUGCUGUACAAUUAUGUCAGUAUAGCUCAUGAUGCUUGCUACUGUGUGGUGUUAGUGGAACCAAGAACCAGCUGGAAAUACAGCAUUACUGAUUGUGCACGAAAGAACCACCAUAAAGUAACAGAGGAUAUUCUCCGUGAACAACUGUCAAAGUUUCAACAAAUAAAUGCCGUUUAUUAUGGAUGGUUUCCUUCAGAGGAGAACUCGAGGACUUUAAGAGACAGCUUGCUUAGAAUGUUGAGUGAUUGCUCAGAAAAAAUCCCGUCAUUCAAAGAUUGCCUUGUUAAAGACAAUCAUGAAGAUGAACAAGGUUUCCCCAGUACUGUGGCAAAUUCUUGUGACAUGGGUUUAUCACUGUCAUGCCUAGAAAAUCAGCUGAGCCGUCUCCAUGUUACGGCAUUCUUUAACAGAAAAGGACAUGCUCAGGAAACAAGUGACUAUGUCUCAUCUUCUGCUGUUCAAGCAGCUUUAGGCUCUGUGACAACCUUGUCGAUUAUUGCCUGGACAAUUACACCUAGAGUGGUAACAGCAAGAGUCAAACUGACUCCACAGCAGUUAAAACUUUGGGCUAAUCUUGAUUCAUCAGAUUUCAAAGGGAGGGAGAACUUCAGUGGAACACAUCUCAAUGAAUCUGCCACAUGUUCAUCUCAAGGUUCAGAUUCUGUCCACAUUCCCUUCUCAUAUACAGAUUUACCAAUCCAACCAACAAUCGGUAAAGGAGAUGCUGCUCAUAUCACACUCUCCACACGAAGUGACAUGACACCAGUUCAAGGACGCUAUGACAUGUGCGAGCUCGUCAGACUUGAAUUAACCAAUCACAGUCACACGGAGUACAUAGUAACGGAGGGUGUGGCACGUGACUAUGGCAAUGGCCAAUGGACUGUCUAUUUAAAUGAGCCCAUUUUUAUUGAUUCACUUUUCACAGGGUUUUAUGGGUCUUGACCAAAUUUAAUCUGGAAACUUACUUCUUAUUUAGAAUAGUUAAACAAGUUUAAAUAUAAAUUAUACAUACGUGCCUACUUUAUUGGCUCAUCCCCACGGGGCUUUUCAGAGUCCAUGUUACAUUACAAAAUUUAAAAAACACAGAGAGCUAAACACAUAACAAUGAUAACUUAAAAAAAGACAAUUAAAAGGCUAGUUACAAUGGAGUAAAAAACAAACAUACAAAAAAUAAUAUAUUUAAUAAAGAGCCAUAUGGAUAAUCCGUAAGAGAGUUCUUGACCCUAUAUAAAAGCAGAUCACCAUGCUAAAUACUGACACAAUAUGAAAAUGAGUGCGGUUGCAUUGAGAUCGAGAUUAGAAUUUGGAGCGUUGGUUUUUGUGGAGGGAGGAAAACCAGAGACCCCGCAGAAAAACUCUCGGAGAAUGGACAAGAACCAACAACAAACUCAACCCACUUUAUAAUGCCGGGGCCAGGAUUUGAUCCCGGGCCUCAAUGGUAGAAAGCAAGCACAUUCACCAGUCUCACCACUGUGCUAUCCUUGCUUUGCAUUGCAAGUUUAAAAGCAUUUUUAUGCCUGUUACCACCUAUAUAAAUUGUAAUUUGCGGCAACAUGUUGCCGGAACUUGCAAAAACACUUUCCAGAGUAACUCCAUUAAAAUUUUAAUAAGCACGAUAAGAAGCAACUUUGGGCAAAGUUUAACAAAUUCUGUACAUAGGGUCCAGAGCUACCUUAAAUUUUCAAAACUUUAAGG